AUGGAAUUCAAUAUUCUAAAGAAUAUAUCAGAACAAAUAGAAAGUCUUUGCUUAAUAUUAAAUAAUAAUCGUUUCAGUUUAAAACAGUUUUGUGAUAAUCUAUCUGAUCGAUGGCAUUUAACAACAAAAGAAUUUUUACGUAAUACUAUAAAAACACAAAAAUUUCAAUUACAUACUGAUAUUAAAUAUAAUGAAAGAAAAUUAAAACAACAUACAUCAUUAUUAGAAAAAACACAAAAUUCACGAGAACUUGUUUUAGCUGAUAUACCAAAAAUAAUCGAAAAGAAAAAUUUAAUUUUAAUGAGUAUAGAAACAAAACAAGAUUUGGAAAAAUUACUAAAUAGACUUGAAAUUAUUUAUAAUUUAACAAUUAGUGGUUUGAAUCAUAUUGAACAUUUUUUAAUGAACACAACAAUUGAACAAAUGAAUUAUUUAUUAAUAUCAACAUUUUAUUAUUCAAUAAUAAAGCUGUAUGAAAAUGGUGAAAAUGUUUUAUUUAAACAGUUAACAACAUACUUAGAUUCAGAAAAUAAUGAUGCAACAACAAUUGCAUUCGAUGUUCUUAAGAAUAUAAGUAAAUUGGAAGAGCAUGCAUUUGAAGAUUUGUUAAAUAUGUGUAAACAACAUAUAAAAAAGUUCAUUUGA